AUGGGCAGAGAAGACCAGAAGGAAGAGCGCGAGGUGCUCGACUCCAUUUUCCCCGAUGAGAUUACAGACAUCUCUGACACAGAGUACCGGAUAUCGAUAACUCUAGAUGUUGAGAAUGAGCCCGGCGAUGACUCUCCUCCGCCCACCAUCCUCCUCGGCGUUUCAUAUCCUGAAAAUUAUCCCGACGAAGCUCCUCGCCUCGACCUCUCCGCGCCGCCCAAUGCGCCCAAGCACAAGUAUCUCGACCUGACCGAGGAUCGCGACCGCCUGCUCGACGCAUUGACGCCGACGAUCGAGGAAAAUAUGGGCAUGGCCAUGGUCUUCACGCUCGUGUCCACCCUUAAAGACUCGGCCGAACUGCUCAUCUCCGAGCGCCAGAAGGCCGCCGAGGCGCUGCGCGAGAUGGAGAUUCGCGAGGCUGAGGAGAAGGAGAACGCAAAGUUCCACGGCACGGCGGUGACGAGAGAGACGUAUUUGGAGUGGAGGGACAAGUUCUUCAAGGAAAUGGAGGAGGCGGAGAGGAAAGCGCAGGAGGAGAAGGAGGAGGCGGACAAGAAGAAGAGGGGCCCGAAGGAGGAGAAGAGGAUGACUGGGCGGGAGUUGUGGUUGAAGGGCUUGGCAGGCAAGGGUGAGGAGGAAUAUGAUGAGGGUGAUGUUGCCGAUGGCGUCAAGAGGAUGGAGAUCAAGGCUUGA